CAGAGCCGGGGGCCGAGACGAUGCGGAUCGGUGAGGUCGGGGGGGUCCCGGGCCGGACGUGGCCACUGGCAAGCCGGCGCGGCCCCUCCGUAGGACCAUCUUGCCGCCGCUAGCCAGGAGGGAGUAGGGAAGGGGUGGAAAUACGGGUUCUUCUGGCCUUGGCCCUCCGGGCCACCCGCCCGACUGGUUGGCUGGCAGGGCCGCCCAAGACCCGCCCUGGAGGGAGAGUGGCCGGACCAGCCCCCUCUCGCAGUGCCCUGCGACCCCUCGGUGACGAGGCCCCGUAUGACGUCUUGGGAGCUCUGCCUGACCAACUGCCAUGUAUCUCUCAGCGUGGACGCGACUGCUUCCAGCCCUGGUCCCGCUGCUGGCGGCGGGGGCGGUUGGCCCCGGGGCCGGACUGGAGCUGAUGAGCUACAAGCCCCAGGUGUCCGCUCAUCCCCUCGAGGGCAAGGUUACUGCCAGCACCUUCACCCUCGACCAGCCGCGCUGCGUCUUUGACGGCCAAGUCGUCUCCACCGACACCAUCUGGUUGGUGGUGGCCUUCAGCAACGCCUCUCGAGAUUUCCAGAACCCGACGACGGCGGCCUCCAUCCCCGCCUACCCCAGGCUGCUGACCGACUACUAUUACAUGACGCUGAAGGUGUCUCCGGAUCUGUACCCGUGCGCCGACGCCGGCGGCCUCUCCGUGCUCCGGGUGGGCACCGAUCCGGGCUGCCUCCGAGACCCGGGCAGAGAGUACUGCAAUGCCCCACUUCCUGCCCCCGGGCCUUAUAGAACCAAGUUUCUCGUGAUGGAUGAGGCAAGCCACCCCAAGGCAGAGACGCAAUGGUCUGAUCCAAUCACCCUCAAACAAGGGCGAGACCCCAGCUCCGUGGACACGUGGCCCGGCCGGCGUGGAGGCAGCAUGGUCGUCAUCGCGUCCAUCCUGUCCGUCCUCGCCGGCCUCCUUCUGCUCGCACUCCUCACUGCCGCUGCUGGAGCCUGCACAGUCUCCAGCCUCUGGAGGCCCGAGGAGGUGACGCCCCCAGAGCAGCUGCGCCUCGGCUCCUUCCUGGCCAAGCGCUACAGCCCCCAUCCCUUGCCCCUGUCCCCCGGCAGGGCCCGCACGCCCUCCGCCACCCGUGACCCCUACAUCGGCCACUAGAGAUGGACCCACCCCCCACCAGCUGUGGGCCCAGAGCCCCUCCACAGGGGGUUGGUGAGGACCAGCCUGCGGCCCUGAGCUGGAGGAAGACCCUCCGUGCAGUGAUGAGCAAACCUCCCCACCCCCCACCGCUCCCCAGCAGCCCCCACCACAGUGGGGGGGAUGCCAAAAAAAUGGGGGAAAUAAGAGUGACACUCGCUGAGUCAAAAAGACCUCCCUCUGCACCUUCACCUCCAACUCAGGGACCAGGAUGGGGGCACUCCCCAGCAGAACCCCCCGUUUUGGUCUCAGCCUGGCAGUGCCCCCCAUCCGGCUCACAGGGCCCCCGAGAAGACUGCAGAAGGGUGGAAAGGUGACGAGUAACCCCCCUAUACCUCCCCCCACCUCAAAGCCGCGGGGCCCGAGGGUGGUCCAGGGUCCCCUCCGAAGAGGCAAGGUGGUGGGUCUGGGAAAGACGUGCUUUUACCCCCAGAGAAUAAAGUGUACGGGGACUGGA